AUGGCGCCCACCGAUCCUCUCAUUGCCAACUCCCUCAAUCUCGAUCUUGAAUCAAGUCCACAUGCCGCAAGUGGGUUGGAAGAGAAGCUGUUCUCCGUCUUCGUUUCCUACGUCCCCCCUGAGUCGCAGACAACCGCCACGGCAGCGGCCGCGCAGAUCGACUCGCUGCUGGCGGGCAGCGAGGGCGAGCCCCAACCCGACCCUUGGGGAUUCCUGCACACAUUCUGGGACGUUUACUUCCGCUUGGGCGUUCAGAUCGAGGCUUCCGAGCCCGUGGACCGCCUCGUAGCACUGGUGUGCGCGCUCAAGGAGCUGCCCACCAAGGUGACUUCGAGCGACGGCAAGGACAAGGUGUCCGCUUGGCAGAAUUUGCCCAUUAUGGGCGCGGAGCUUUCAGAACGAUGGCAUCAAUUCGACCCUAAGAAGAUGAGCCCAGGGUCUGAGCAUGCCCGUCGGUGGUACAACAUGAACGGGCUCCUUGUAAAGCUCGAUGCUUCAGGCGUACGACAUUCCCGGAGAGAGGCCUUGAACGCCAUCGUCCUCGCGCUCGAGGACAACGUCAACAAGCAGAAGAAGAAGCACGAGGUACCCGCCGAGAACGUAAUCGCGAGCCUGCUCCCGGCGUCAUCCUUGUGGCUGCGGAGCCGUGACACAGCCGCGAAGCUGCUGAAGUCCUGUCAUGAGGGCCACUGCCGCGGGAGCGGCGCUCACGGGCCGUUGUGGAAGCUGGGCGAGGAGGACGAGGACGGAGAAUGGUCGGGAGGCGGGUUCUCGGUCGAGCGCUGGGAGUUCUGGCGGCAGAGGCUGGAGGAUCUGCCUAAGCAUAAAUGCGCUGAUGAGCGGACUGAGGAGAUCUGCCGCAAGGUGUUGGAAACCAUGGCCAAGGUGGAAGUGAGCUAG